AUGGCCGACUGGAUUGCUGUUGUUACUAUCGGACUAAUCACCAAAAGCCAGACUGAUUCCUCUGAUAACCACAAGGGAGACAAAGACGUUUUCGCAUUCUGGGCUUCCUUUCUUCUGUUGCAUCUUGGUGGCCCUGAUACCAUUACCGCUUUUUCUCUCGAAGAUAACGAUUUAUGGCUCCGGCAUUUGUUUGGACUUCUUCAACAGCUUCUGGGCGCUGCUUAUAGUUUCUUUCUAACACUUCCUGAAAACGAUCUAUGGUUGCCAACAAUUUUAGUCUUCACAUCAAAUAUGCAGAGAGAACGGUGGCUCUAUAUCUUGCAAGCUUGGACCGUUUCGGGCCUACUGCAUUGCCAAAGCCAUACCCCGGUCCUGACUAUGAAGAGGCCGUGGCAAUAUACUCCACAACAAGGUCCAUCCAGAAUCAGAUCAAAUGGAACUCUUGUUGAUAGCGCAUCUCUAUUCGAGAACUUCAAGGGACUUGUUGUCGGCUUCCUUCUCAGCUUCAAAUAUGGAGAAUCAAGCCGAGAAUUCUUUCUCAGUAGAAAUUAUGAGGUCAGUUUUAGAUUAAUAGAAUACGAGCUCAGCUUAAUUUACCAUGUUCUCCACACUAAGGUGGCUGUGCUGCGAAGCAGAGCUGGGCUCAUUGUUCGGCUUAUCACCUUCUUUUUCAUGGUUGGUGCCUUCAUAUUGUUCCAGUUUCUAGUUGACAAGUUGGACCUCAUUCUUACUUAUGGCUUGCUCAUUGGAGCCAUGUGCCUUGAUGUCAUAUCUGGAUUUAAGAUCAUUUUCUCUGACUGGGUCCUAGUUGCCCUCAAGAGCUGGAAAAAGUGGAUUCCAGAUUAUAUUUUGGAAAGAAAAAGGUGGUCUGGGUCGGUUUCUCAGUAUAAUAUGAUAGCGUAUUGCCUAGAUGAGCGUUGUAUAUGGAACUACCCGUUGCUAGCUGACAUUGUUAGGGGCAUUUUAGACAAGAUAAAAAUGGUGAGAAUUUCGUCGUCAGAGAACGAAAUUGAAGAUCUCAAGUGCUUAAUCUUUGAAGAGCUGCAAAAGAAAUCAUCAAAAAUAAACAACUUAAGUGAUGCCAUAGAGAAUUGUUUACAAAGAGGUGAUGGAGCUCUUUUUGGGACUUCAAGCUAUAUCAAGCUUAAAUGGAGCAUCAUCAUGAAGCCAGCAAUGCUGGCUCCAGUUUUGGGCACUUGGCAUAUAGUGUUCCAGGAUACUUUUGCAGAGGCUAAGAGAUACUUCAUCAAAUACUCAAUAUCAGAUCAUUUGGAAGCCUGCAAUCGGUUGGUUAAUGUGAAAACAAAAUUCAGGCCUGCUGCUGUGAAGGGAAUUAGGAGCAAAUCUGUGCUGUUUGAUGCAUGUAUACUUGCACAGCAGCUCCGACAUUUGGAGAAAGACCCGUGGGAGCUAGUGAGCAAAGUGUGGGUGGAACUACUGGCAUACGGUGCAAUUAAUUGUAGACCAAACCUCCAUGCACAGCAACCAAGUAGGGGUGGAGAACUUUUGACUUUCACUUGGCUGCUAAUGAAUCAUUUGGGCCUGGGAUCACAGUUCCACGAGCAGGAACAGCAAGCAGGAACUAAAGUAGUGGCGGUAAAGUAA